UGCAACUCAAUUCUGCACUGAAGCUAUAAUACAUCUACACCACGAACCCAAAAGCACCUUCACCCUUGCAGAAAUUAAGCCGCCCAGCUGGCUCAUACAAGUAUGUCUUAGCCAGCUCAGCGAAACCACACGAGAACCAUUGGAUCUUUCGAUCUUCGGGACUUCGACCAAAAACAGCAGACCUCCAUUUUGUUGAAUGAGUUCCAAGCAUUGUAACUGAAAAAUAUACAUCGCGUACACCAGCACUUCCGAUUCCAUUCAUUUCAUUCACCAUGUCCACUACUGAAGCAGAAAGCAGCAGCACAAGUAAACCAACUUCGUCGGUAGCAGCCAGCCAUCGGAUAUCGGUUCACACUCAUAUUCACGGCUUGGGAUUAAAUGACGAAGGGGAAGUGGAUCCCGGAGUGAAUUCAUGCGGGUUAACGGGCCAAGUGUUGGCACGCCAAGCCUGUGGAUUGGUGGUGGAUUUGGUGGCCAUGCAACAAUUGGCUGGACGAGCGUUGUUGUUAGUGGGACCACCGGGCACGGGGAAAACCGCCUUGGCCAUGGCCAUGGCACAAGAAUUGGGUCGCAAUGACAGUCAGCACACGCCACAUCCCUUUUGUCCCAUGGUAGCCUCGCAAGUGUACAGCAAAGAAGUCAAGAAAACAGAAGUGUUAAUGGAACAUUUUCGAAAGGCGAUUGGUCUGCGCAUUCGAGAAGAAAAGGAAGUUUACGAGGGAGAAGUCACGGAACUCACCGUGGAAGAAACCAACGAUCCCUUGGCGGCGUCGGGGAUUGGAAAAACCAUUAGUCAUGUGAUUCUGGGAUUAAAAACGGCAAAAGGAACAAAGACGCUCAAAUUGGAUCCUACAAUCUACGACAGUUUGGCCAAGGAAUCGGUCACGGUGGGAGAUAUCAUUUAUAUCGAAGCCAACAGUGGAGCUGUCAAACGGGUCGGACGGAGUGAUAGUUUUGCCACGGAAUUCGAUUUAGAGGCGGAAGACUAUGUCCCGCUUCCCAAGGGAGAUGUACACAAGAAAAAGCAAGUGGUGCAAGAUGUCACUCUCCAUGAUCUCGAUGCGGCCAAUGCGCAACCUCAGUCUUCCGGCAGUCGUGAUGUCAUGAGCGUGCUAGCCAGCAUGGGGAAACCAAAAAAGACGGAAAUUACCGACAAACUACGACAAGAAAUCAACAAAGUGGUCAAUCGGUAUAUGGAUCAGGGAGUUGCAGAAUUGGUUCCGGGUGUGCUGUUUAUUGAUGAGGUCCACAUGCUCGACAUGGAAUGCUUUACAUACCUCAAUAGAGCACUGGAAAGUGAUCUGAGUCCGAUUGUGGUACUGGCCACCAACCGCGGGGUGACGCCCAUUCGAGGAGCUCCCGAAACCAAGAGUCCUCAUGGGAUACCCGUGGAUUUGUUGGACCGAUUGCUCAUUGUACCCACGUAUCCAUACGAAAAGGACGAAAUGGCACAAAUAUUGGCCAUUCGAGCAUCGACGGAACAAUUGGUCAUUGAUGACGAUGCCUUGCAACAUUUGGCAGAACGGGGUGUCACGACAUCCUUGCGUUAUGCGGUGCAAUUACUCACACCGGCUCAUAUUGUGGCUGAAACUCAUGGUCGAUCCAAAAUCACCGUGGCGGAUGUGCAGCAAGUGGAUGAUCUCUUUUUGGAUGGAAAGUCAAGUAGCCAACGAUUAAUGCUGGCAGCAGCGGCGACAGGUGGAUCACUGUACAUGACAUGAUAGUAUGUUUGAAGUAGGCAUCAGUGAUUCGACUUCAGGUGGCUACAGGUAGUAGUGGAGCAUAAACUAGAAACACUUGCAGCAAACACUCUGUAUGUAAAACAAGGUUAUAAAGAAAGCCAAGG